GCGACAGAGAGCGGAGAAAGAAAAGGGAGGGACAGGAGGAGAGAGGGAGCCGCCGAGCCUCCCCUCUGGGCUCCCCUAGUAGAUGGGGAGCUUCUCAAGGGCAGACAGGCUGAACCAGCACACAGUAGGCACUUUAUGAUUGAGUGUUGGCCGCCCAACUGAAGGGCUGUGAGCGCUGCGAAGAACGGGGGCUCCUGGAUCAGGCUAGAUUUCUCCCUAAAAACCCAGACAAGAAAGAUCUAUGCCGGGUUUUUAACCCUUUGUGUGCUGAACUCCUCUAGCAGCCUGCUGUCUGGACCCUUCUCAAAAGCAUGUUUUUAAGUGGCUAAAAAUGGGGAGAGUCGCCUCGUUGCCUCCCCUCGUUGGCUCGACUUUCUCUGUUUCAGACCGACGUCAUCAACACUAUGUGUGGCUACAAAACCAUUGACCAAGAGCGCCUCAGCCUCCUGAACACCAUCUACAUCCGCGGCUGCACCAACGCCGUGAUCAUCUGGUUCACGGACAACUACACCAUCAUGGCCGGCGUGCUGCUGGGCAUCCUGCUGCCCCAGUUCCUGGGGGUGCUGCUCUCGCUGCUCUACGUCACCAGAGUGGAGGACAUCAUCGCCGAGCACUCGGCCACCGACGGCCUCCUCGGGGGGGACAAGAAGGACUUCGGGGCGUCGGGGGGCGGCUGCUGCAUGUGCUACCCCUGGGAGCAGCCCCCGGACCUGUGACGGCCGCCCGGCCCGGCCUCGGCGCCACUUCCGGCUCCCCUGAGUCCGCCCGAGCGUCCGUCUGGCCGCUCUCGUGGGCCCGAAUGAAGCCACGUGUCAGGGCUGCUCGCGCGGCUUUGGGGGAAAUUGUGCCUGUUUUUGUGCCGAGUCACGAGCGGCCGAGCGGCGUGUGUGCCCGGCCGGCCGCCCUGCCCAGAUCCCUGCUCCGGCCUAGGCUGCGGGCCCGGAGCGAUUCCUGGCCGAUGCCCCCGGCCGGCCGUCUGUAGUGCCACGUCCGAUUCCGGCCUGUCUCGGCCGGCCCGUCAGUGCCUUGAGCCCCUCCGAGGGCCGAGCUCGGGGACUCCUUUUUUAUGGCAUUUUGUAGCUUUUUUGUACCCAGUAACAGAUCUCGGACCCUCCGCUGCUCGCUCUGCUCCGCUCCUUUCUCCCAGCCCUUCUGGUGCCUCCUGGAGGGCUCCCUGGGGAGGAGCCCCUGAGCCUGGCCAGGGCUGGCCUGGAAGGCCGGAGAUCCAGCGGCCGGAGGGCAGAGGGCAGGCCGGCCCCCUGGUGUCACCCCCAGGCAGGGCCCCCCAAGGGCUUGGGGGGUUCUCGAAGGCCACUCACUGACUUCAAAGCGGCACCUGCUUAUAGCUUCCUUUUCAAAUUGAUUUUGGUACAUCAUAUUUUUUAAAAACUCCUUUUCUUCUGUCUCUUAAGGCAGAAGGGUCAGGGCUGGGCAGUGGUGGGGGGUGAAUGACUUGCCCAGGGUCACACAGCCAGGAGGAGGCCAGAUUAAACCAGGGCCGCCUCCUUCCAGGCUUGGCCUUUACUCACAGCGCCCCCUUUGCUCCCCACAAUUGCAUUAAAUUGUUUUUGAUAAUCUUCA